AUGCUCUCACUUUCCCAAGAGGCGGGUCAGACAAUUAGUGAAACAGGCGAGGCUCUUCUGCCUCAAAUUUAUCCCAGUCCGCUCUGGCGAGUCCCCGCGGCGACUUCUGCGGAGGAGCUUCGCUCCUACACAGACUUUUACACUCAAGUCUGGUAUUAUCUGAACCUCCCAGCUGCCGUCACAGGAGCCUUCUAUUCAAUCGAGAAGGAAAACGGCCAAAGAAUCAAAGAGAGCACAGACAUGCAGUGCAUCCAGCUGAUUGGACUGGCGGUAUGA